CUUUUUAUAUGCUUUCAGUUGCUUAGUGUUGCUCAGCGUCAUCGUUAACAAUAAAAAGUGAUUUGUGAAACUUCAAAAGGUUUUAUUUAAAAUAAUUGCGUCAAAUACUAAAUCUCACAAAAUAAAAUAAGGAUUAUUCGAGAAUGUCGGAAGAAAAACAAGAAAAUGGAACCUCAAGUGUGGGAGAAGUCCCCGAGAUCGAAUUAAUCAUAAAAGCUUCGACAAUUGAUGGACGCCGAAAGGGAGCGUGUUUGUUUUGUCAGGAAUACUUUAUGGAUUUAUAUCUGUUGGCGGAAUUAAAGACAAUCAGUUUGAAGGUAACAACUGUUGAUAUGCAAAAACCUCCACCAGAUUUCCGCACCAAUUUUGAAGCAACUCAUCCUCCAAUCUUGAUUGACAAUGGCUUGGCGAUUCUUGAAAAUGAUAAAAUUGAACGUCACAUUAUGAAGAAUGUGCCGGGCGGUCACAACUUAUUUGUUCAAGACAAGGAAGUCGCAACACUUAUCGAGAAUCUUUAUUCAAAAUUAAAAUUGGUUCUCGUAAAGAAAGAUGAGCAAAAGAACAAUGCCUUGUUGUCGCAUUUGAAGAAAAUCAACGAUCAUUUAGCUCAGCGUAAUAGCCGAUUUCUCACCGGUGAUUGCAUCUGUUGCUUUGACUGCGAAUUAAUGGUGCGCUUGCAGCACAUUCGUGUGGCGGGGAAAUAUUUCAGCGACUUUGAGAUUCCGAAUAAUCUUACAGCUUUAUGGAGGUACAUGUAUCAUAUGUAUCAAUUGGAUGCUUUCACACAAUCGUGCCCUGCUGAUCAGGAUAUCAUCAAUCAUUACAAACUGCAGCAGGCUAAGGGAGACCUUAAGGUACGUCAGAUGGAAAUGUUGAAAAUGAAAAAACACGAAGAAUUAGAAACUCCAACAUUCACAACAUCGAUUCCCAUUGAUAUUUCAGAUUAAACAUCGUGAGAGUAAAAAUGCUGAAAAUUAUUGUUCACAAAAUUUUCGAUUUAAUCAAAAUUCCACAUUUUUUUCUUCUUUUUUUUUUGUUAGGUUUAUUGUUUAGUUAAAGCUUUUUCAAAAGUUAAUUUCAGCAAAUUUUAUUACCAAUCAAAAAAGAAGCAUUUGCAAUGCUUCAGCAUUUUAAUGCAUUUCACAAAAAACGAAACAGAACUUAAAAGGGGAAAAGUUGAAAAUUUCUUUCUCCACUCAAAUAUUUCAUUUUGAUACGAAAAAAGAUAGAAAUAGAUAAUGAAAAAUUACCCAUCAAUUAUUAUCUUAAUGGUAAAAUAAAGCACAGUUACUGUUCAAUUAAAGAGGCAAACAGAUGCCAAACGAGUUCCUUUCUAAAGGGAUUUCUGAAUCAAUGUGCCUUUGUAAAACAUGAAACUAAGUUGCUUUAGGAAUUGAAGAUUUUUUAAGUAAUCAGCGGUAGCAAAAAACGAACAUUUUCUUCGUUGGAAUGGUUAAUUAAGUUUAAUUUAGUUUUAUGUUAGCAUUUCUUUCAUAAAAGCAAAGUUUUAAUUUUUUCUUAAAUUCAUUUUGAUGAUUUUGUUACUACUUACAAAAAAAAAUUCAUUCUGUACUAAAAAUUAUAAGUUUCCAAAUAAAUAAAAAAACAAACUAACAAUUUAAUUCUCAAAAAAUGUUUGUUUUCAUAAAAUAAACAAAUAAUUAAGU